AACCACACGUUCAUCACACUCCGGCGUGAAUGCAAAUACAACGACAACGAUACAUCUGAUUGUACUGCAAAGAAGUCAAUUCAGAAAUUCUUCAUAGUAAAUCUUGUACGCUACAAGAUAAAACUACUACACAACCAAACUACGGCGGUCGCAGCUGUCCCACGAACGAUACACACUUCUACGCCCCGAACUCGAUGUACAGUUCGAAAUUCAACGGUUUAAAGGCAUCGAUCAAGUUCCAACGAGAACUCCAAUUUCUUCUACAAUACACACAGAUUUUUACUACGAAUUUAAGAGGAAGCUGAGGUGGAAAGCAAGAUACAACCCAUACUUGAAACCAUUUCACUUUCACCUACAAUAUCGAACAUCAACACAAUAUCAGAAGAGAUAUAUAGCCGGCACAAGGUAGACUUAUUAUCGAAACUGAGUCCUUUCAAACUUUGGUUAGCCAACCGAGUCGUAUUGUCGUCGUUCACAAUACACGUUCGCGUCGAGGAAGAGAAAGACAAUAAGAGUGCUGUCAAGAUACGCUAUUGUAAAAACUAACAUUUUGAGCGCGUUUUACGCCCACCGAUCCGACUAAGAAGACAAUAGAGGGUAGAUUUUCUUCAAAAUGGCGACUAAAGUUAUGAAGAUGUACAAAACACCUCUAUUUCCAUCAUUCGAUUCUUCAAAUACGCCAGCAUACAACUAUACGGGGGCAUUCAAGUACAACCCAAGGUCAUUCCUAAUGAAGAACCCACGUCAAAACAAGCUGUACGCACAAUACUUCGCUCAAUCGAAGAAUUAUAGAAGAAGAUCUGCACGCUGUAGGAAGUCGUCAUCUCCCGCAAGAUCAGCAUCCUCUUCUUCUAAUUCGAGUUCGAAAUCAUCUGUUUCUCCACCACCAUCAACCAAUUCUUCUAGCUCGCAUCCCGCAGCAAAAUCCAAUUCUAGCUCAAAGGCGUCUGUUUCACCUCCGAGAAAAUUAUCUGUCUCUCCGCCACCAAUGAAAGCCGCCGAAACUACUGUUCACCCCGAGAAAAUCGAUACCCCUCUGUCAGUAGAGCUAUCUACUUCUACUCCUCAUUCAUUGGCGUCUGUUUUUCCUCGAGAAAACCCAUUUGCCGCCUCAUCUUCAUCAAAGAAUCCCGACAACACACCUACUUCUCCAUCUAUUUCUUCCCUAUCAGUAAAGGGGUCUGACAACAUAAUCUCCUCAUCUAUUCCUUCCACCUCUUCGAAAUUACCUCCCUCUCCACCCCCUUCAUCCGCAAUAUCGGCUAUAUCAAGGACGCCUCUACCUUCAUCUUCAUCAUCGGCUGCUCAAAAGAUACCACUACCCUCGCCUCCAUCAUCUGCAGUCUCAGCUCCUUCGAAGCCAGCCGUCUCCUUACCGAACAAACCACGCCCAGAUGAUAAAAAUGAGAUAACUACUCAACUCAAUCCUUUUAAGCAAACAACUUCCGAGGCAAAGAGCAACACGAUCACUGUUAAAAGCGUUGAAUCAUCGAGACCCCAUCCUGUUGUUAAAGACGAAAAGAUUACUGUCAAGAUUGGCGCUUCAAAGAGAUCGCGGCCAGAUGAUGAGGAUGAAAGGAUUGCUGCUCAGAGUGAAUCCCCAAAGAAACGACGAAUUGCUGCCAAGGUCUCGAAAGUCGCUACCAAGAAAGCUACCACUUCGAAGCCGGCUGUAAAGCUUUCGAAAGAAGAAUUGGAGAAGGCACGCAGUGACUCGCUCAGAAAACGAAGAUACUUGGCCUCGAAAGUACGCAAUGACUCAACACGCAUGCCAUCAAAUGCACAGAGGGGGCUCUCCAAUGUCACUGGAUAUGCAUGCUACAGAAACAGUCUUUUACAAGGACUUUUACAUCUUCCCAAGUUCUUCAAUUUCUUAAUUGACCAACAUCCUGUGGAAACUUGCGACAUACCCAAAAGAGAUUGCUUGGCCUGUUCUCUUAGCCUCCUCUCUUCAAAGUAUUGGGCCGUUGAUAUUCCUUCCAAGGAUAUCACACCAAUUCUGAGAAAACUUGAGGUUCAGUGCAAGCGUCUUGGGUGGUAUCCUGGACCCUCUGGUCAAGGUGAUCCCCAUGAGCAAAUUACCUGGAUGUUAGAAAAGAUUGAGAAACAGAUCAAGGCGUCGAGCGUUGCUAGUAUGCAAUCGAUAAUGCAGCUUGUUUUGAGCAGCAGAAUCAAAUGCGUUCACUGUAAUAAUGUCUCUGUGGGAGACUUACAAGAUGAACUAGCCUUAUCCAUACCCCUCAAGCCGCGUAUCAGAGGUGGUUCUGUGUCUUCGUACUUGCAUAAGUACUUGCAUGAGACUAUUGAAGGUUAUAAGUGCGAGAAGUGUAAGGUAACGGGGGACGUUCAUCGAGUACAGUCGAUCAGUCACGCACCGGAUAUCUUGUUUGUCCAGCUUAAACGGUUUGGUUACGAUGGAAGAAAGGAUAAGCUUGCUAUUCCGAUCGACCAUACCCUCGACCUCAGUCCUUAUCGCGACCCUAGUGGAAGCAAGGACUCCAUGGAGUACGAGCUUGUAGCAUCUGUUUCGCACUCUGGUAGCCUCGACUACGGACAUUACACCUGUGAUGCUCGUGGACCCGAUGGUCGCUGGAGUUGCUUUAACGAUUCGCAUUACAAUGCUACGACUCUGGCAAAGGCUUUGGGGGGUAACGAACCGUAUUUGCUGCUCUACCAACGCAAACAGACUUAGUUGUCGAUCUGAGGUCGUAUGCUAGCCGCUUUGGAGCGUGCUAGAUCCCUCUAAGUUUGCUGUUUGGAGAGAAAACAUCAGUUCUUGGUCGUUGUGCGAGUUGUCAUUUUGUUGGCCUGGGUGUCCCUGCCUGAGCUCAUGUGUAGGUUAGGGUUGGAUUAUUUUAUGAUUCCUACUUUGUGGUUCCACGGAGUUUGGGAUUAUGUCGAGAGAAAGGGAUACCUUCUCGGCGACUUUGGUGUGGCGUAAAUAGCGCACGAUACCAACUUUGUUAUUAUCUACUUCACGAUAUAAUACGAUGAAAAUGUUUGAACUUUAAUUAU